AUGUCUGUAUGUCUGUAUAUAGAUGGGGAUGGGGAUGGGCAUGGGGAUGGGGAUGGGCAUGGGCAUGGGGAUGGGCAUGGGCAUGGGCAUGGGCUCUCUCGCUCUCUCUCUCUACCGAGAAGAGCGGGUCCUGAUGAGCGAGCUACUUUCACUUUCACUCUCACUCUCACUACCUACUAUCUACUAUCGCGCUAUCGCGCUCUCUUCACAGGAGCGGAAAAGCCGCACGUGGUUGAAAUUUGCAAGUCGCUGCGAGCCGGGCCAGCCAGGCAGCAGGCAGCAGGCACCAGGCAGCAGGCAGCAGGCACCAGGCAGCAGGCACCAGGCAGCAGGCAGGAUAUGGAUUCUUCCCAGAAGAAGCGUCUUAGGCUCCCUGCCGCUCUGGGCGCAGCGCACAGCCACCGGCAUACCCAGCUGCACCUCUCGUCUGGACGUCUGGCUCCUCCGUGGCUCUCCUCCGGUGUUGGAGUUGUGAUCUGCGCCGGUUUCGUCGUACUGCGCGACGAGGAACGAGGAACGAGGUCUAGAGCGGUGCCCCUUCGCGGCUGCGCUCCCCCCGCCGGCCAGCACGCCAGCACGCCAGCACGCCAGCACGCCAGCACGAACAAGCUUCGCUAG